UCAGUUAUAAACUCCUGCAAAUCACCCACAGCUUCUUUAUCUGCCAGCUCUCCGUGUCGGUGUUGACCGCUUGUUUUUGUUUGUUUGUUUGUUUUGUUUUUUGUUCUUUAAAAGAUGGCAGGAAACGAGAAACUGGAUUUGGUUCAUCAAAACGCAAUUCACGUCGAGACGAUCCGGAAAGAGCAAAGACACCAGAAACUCCACACGGAGUUCAGCAUCAACCCGCACAGGAAAUUACACAUCCUGCCAGACAAGCCCAUGUCAAGGAAACCAACAGAAGUGAUUGCAGAAAAUUCGGACUUCAUCGAUGCCUUCCACAAGGCCCGCCAGGAGCCCACCAAGAAAUAUACAACGCCACAGACGGAGAGCCAGGAGAUAGGAUGGAUCUCAGCUCCACUGAUCCCAUCAAACCGCAGUGACAAGAGACUGAAUUUCUACCGAAGCAGCUCUGAUGUCACCAAACACAAAGAAGCAGCCCUGCGUUCAUCAAAUUAGACAGAAAUAAUGUAAAUCCUCCAACAAUGUCAUCUUGUCAGAGACAAGACCCUUGUAUUGAGGAAACAUCUCACCUUCUGCAUGUGCUGGUCUGACUUGGCCAUCUCAGCAAAGUAAUCAUCAGGCCUACUGGUGGGUACGCCGUGCUUGUUUAAGAGCGGCAG